AUGGCUACCAUAGGAGCGAUGGAGGGCGCAUUCCAGAUCAAGACCGGUCAUCUGGCUAAAUUUUCAGCUCAGCAGAUUGUAGACUGUUCUAUGCCAUGGGGGAAUAAUGGAUGCGUAGGCGGUUCGAUCAGCAAGACGGCAACUUAUGUAAAUCUCAAUGGGAUCGUGUCGGACAAGGACUAUCCCUAUGUUGCCAAGAAACAGGAUUGCAACGGUGUGGUUUACGACUUUGACAAAGCAUGCCUCGAGCCUGGUGACCUAGUUGUGAGGGCGAGUGUGAUUAUUCCUAAGGAGAGGCUAGAUAUCCUUAUCCAGGAGCUGCAAUUUGGCCCCAUUGCUCUCACACUAUUCGCCAAUACUCCAGCGUUCAUCAACUACCGAAGUGGAAUUCUAGAUAUUCCGGAUUGUAAAGGUGAACCACACCAUGCCAUGCUGCUUGUUGGAUAUGGUUUCGAUGGAGGGAAAGCGUAUUGGUUGCUGCAGGACACAUACGGACCUCAGCGAGGUGAAAAUGGAUAUAUUAGAGUUGCUAGGGACCCGACAAAGACUCACGGACCAGGCUUCUGCAACAUGCUACUCGAUACGGCUUUUAGGCCCGUCUUGAACAAGGUGCUGAAGUCUAAGGCGUGCCUUGGCUAA